AAUCCCAUUGAAACUCAAGUGAUGAAAUCGGUGUUCAUAGUUGUUGUCGUGGCCUUGAUACUAAGAGGUGGAGAGAGUAGAGGAGUAACCAAGGCCAAGCCUAAGGCCCCUAAAAAAUUUGAGUCUUUUGAGUACUCAGCUAUGAAUUGCAGAGCUCACAGUGCCUCACUGACUGAGUUUGGAGGAGUUGGAGAUGGAAAGACAUCAAAUACAAAGGCUUUUCAGACUGCAAUUAGUAAGCUGAGCCAGUAUGCAACAGAUGGAGGUGCUCAGCUUUUUGUUCCAGCUGGGAAAUGGCUGACAGGAAGUUUCAGCCUCACCAGCCAUUUCACUCUUUAUCUUCACAAGGAUGCUGUUCUUCUUGCUUCUCAGGACUUGAAUGAGUGGCCUGUGCUGAAAGCCCUUCCAUCUUAUGGUAGAGGAAGAGAUGCAGCAGCCGGAAGGUACUCCAGUCUCAUAUUUGGAACAAAUCUCACUGAUGUCAUUGUUACAGGAGAAAAUGGCACAAUUGAUGGUCAAGGUGAAUUUUGGUGGCAACAGUUCCACAAGAAGAAGCUAAAGUAUACCCGCCCUUACCUGAUUGAGAUCAUGUUCUCCAGUGAUAUUCAGAUCUCAAAUCUCACCCUUCUAAAUUCUCCUUCAUGGAAUGUUCAUCCUGUCUAUAGCAGUAACAUUCUUGUGCAAGGGAUUACUAUCAUUGCUCCAAUUUCAUCUCCAAAUACUGAUGGGAUCAAUCCAGAUUCUUGCACAAAUACUAAAAUUGAAGACUGUUACAUAGUCUCUGGGGAUGACUGUGUAGCUGUUAAGAGUGGCUGGGAUGAGUAUGGCAUAUCAUUUGGUAUGCCUACAAAACAACUUGUGAUCAGACGGCUCACAUGCAUCUCACCUUAUAGUGCAACAAUCGCAUUGGGAAGCGAAAUGUCAGGCGGGAUCCAAGAUGUCAGAGCCGAGGACAUCGUGGCCAUCAAUACUGAAUCAGCCGUCAGGAUCAAGACAGCUGUAGGUAGAGGAGCAUAUGUGAAAGACAUAUAUGUGAGGAGAAUGACACUGCACACAAUGAAGUGGGCAUUCUGGAUGACUGGUAACUAUGGAUCACAUGCUGAUGGUAACUAUGACAAAAAUGCCUUUCCUGAGAUCACUGGGAUCAACUACAGAGAUGUGGUGGCUGAAAAUGUAACCAUGGCUGCAAGGUUGGAAGGCAUUGCCGACCAUCCAUUUACCGGGAUUUGCAUGUCCAAUGUGACCAUUGGAUUGGCAAAGAAGGCAAAGAAGCAGCCAUGGACAUGUACUGAUAUUCAGGGGAUCACAAGCGGUGUGACGCCAACGCCCUGUGGUCUGCUGCCUGAUCAAGGAACUGAUAAACCUGGUGGUUGUGAUUUUCCUACAGAUGAUCUACCGAUCGACAUGGUAGAGAUUAAGAAGUGUACUUAUAGGAGUAAUGUGUAGGAUUCCACUAAAUCAUGUACCAUGGUAUCACUGUUUUUUACUGCUUAAUGGCAGAGCAAAUUUGUCACACCAAAAAGCAAGAGCCAUAUAUGAGGACAAAAGUUUAAUCCUCUAUGUAGAACUGUUGCUGUUGAUGAUAUUUGCGAGAAUUAAAUAGAAUUCUAAAAUCAAAUAGACUG